UCCGGUUGUUGCCCGCUGAAACUGCAUAAAGAUUGUACGCCAUUAUUGCACAGAGACGCUACGGUGUAUUAUUCCAAACGUUUUCAUCGGUUUUUAGUACUUGCCACUACAUUUAUUCACGUUUAAAGUUGCACAAUGAGUGAUAUCGAGCGAAGCGGUAGUCGUAGCGCAAGUCCUAGAAGACCAAGAACAGCAGACGGAGGUUUGAGAGAUUCGCGUUCACAUUCAAGAUCACGUAAAUCACGCGAACGCAAGGAAUCCCAUAGGCCGGUAAAAGAAUAUUCAAGAUCACGUAGCCGUUCUGUAUCAAGAGGAAGAAAAUCAUAUCGUAGCAACAAGUAUGCCAGUGCAGGUCAUCGUGGUAGUAGUCGCAGUCGUAGUCGUUCUCCUUACAGGGGUGGACGGUAUUCUCGAAGCCGAUCUCGCUCAUACUCACGCUCCCGUUAUUCCCGUGAACGCGACAGGAACAUCUAUCGCUCACACUCUCGCAGUCCUAUGUCGUCUAGACGACGGCACGUUGGUAACAGGGACAAUCCCUGUCCUUCCCGAUGCCUAGGUGUAUUCGGACUUUCCAUUUUCACGACGGAACAACAAAUUCAUCAUAUCUUUUCCAAAUAUGGACCUGUCGAACGUGUGCAAGUUGUAAUCGACGCAAAGACCGGACGUUCUAGAGGAUUCUGCUUUGUAUAUUUUGAAUCAUCUGAAGAUGCUAAAGUAGCAAAAGAACAAUGCACAGGAAUGGAAAUUGAUGGUCGAAGAAUAAGGGUAGAUUUCUCGAUCACGCAGCGAGCUCAUACGCCUACUCCUGGAAUUUACAUGGGAAAACCUACACACCUACACGACAGAGGAUGGGACGGACCUAGACGUAGAGAAAGCAGUUACAGGGGAAGCUACCGACGUUCACCCAGCCCAUACUACAGUCGCAGACGUUCACGCUAUGACAGGUCUAGAUCACGCUCCUAUACACCACCACGUCGAUAUUAAGUGACACGAGUGUGAUGCGAGAGGCCAGGUGUUUGGGAGACCAUUUGUGUGACUUGACCCUUUGACCUCAAAUUUCUUCUAACAAUACUGUACCGGGUCAAAAAAUGCAAACGCUACAUUCUGACUACUAUUCUUACCUUACAUAAUUCUGCAUCAUAUGCAAUUAAUAUACAGCAUUUAAAUAACGAUAUUGUACAAUAUCAAUGAAUGAGAUAACAUAAUAUGCAAAGGAGUGUAGCAUAUUCUUUGCAUGAAACAGUAAGGUUAGAAUGGACGUUAAAAAAAAAACCUUAUUUUCAUAACGUUUCUAUUGCUUCCUAAACAGCUUUAUGAAGAUAAGGUUUACGUUAUUGUAACAGUAAUAACUAUAAUGUGAAGGUUGGAAUAUAAUUGAGUUUCUAUUUUCCUUUGACGAUUUAAUUAUUUGCUUAAAAGUUGUAUUCCAGCCAAUUUGGACAUUAAUUAUCACUGACAAAAAAAGUGGUAUGAAUCUGGAAAAUGUGGUAUUCCUUAAUGUUUAUAUGUGAAAAGAAAGAAAGGAAAACGAGAAACACAUUACACACAGAAAAAGAACGAUAUAAAACAAAAAAAAAAAUAAAAUUAAAAAUAGAAGUAAGUUCUCUAACCUGUUUGUUUGUUUAUAAGGUUUUGAAUCAAGAGGUAUUGGAUGAUAGAGGGAAGUUUGAAGUUUCACUCUGAAAAAAUGAAAGUUUUGAAAAGUCGAAGACAAGAUAUCUGAAGAUGUUUGUCUUGCUCGAAUUUUGAAGAUCUGAAGGGUUUUUCGCGCUUGUGACAAAGAAUAUGAUCCGAAUCGCAUUCAUUUCCGGCUGAGAAGUCUCAAGCCUAGAAGAACUGCAAGCACUCUGUAAAAAGCAAGCCUCAAGACAGUAAGAAAUCGUUGAUCGUCAGGCCCCCAGUGGUUGGGGGUUGAAACUGGCCGAACGUUUAAGAAAAAGUUCAAGAACCAUCGAAAUCUUUUAUAAGUAGGGAAGAGCGUAAGGUGCUCCAAGGUUUAUACCGAUCAUAUUCUUUAUCAGUUGGUUUGGUUACAUGGUAUAUCCGUAAUUAGGUGUUUAUAAAAUAAAUAAACGUAUAUACCUUCGUCCCCAUUCCCUCCACCAUCCCAAAACCUCCUAUAUCCUUAAGGGUGAUGUCCUAUUGUUUUCAUUUUAUAUAGGAAUAAGCAGCGGCUAUUCAUAUUGAAACAGCUAAUAAACGAUGUUUUUAAUAUAAA